AUGACGUUAUCCAAUCCAGAACCCGAUGAUCCCGUUUCAGAUGACGAAAUAUCACCAGACAAUGACUACCACUUACCUUCUUUCGAAACAGUCCGAUUCCAUACCCCUAUCCCGUCCAACCUGAAAGUGAAACGGAGUACAUACCAGAUGGACCGGACCAACAAGGACGGCAACCGGAGACCCCUGAUCCUGAACCUGACUUACCUGCUGAACCACUUACUGUCCCCGACUCACCUGAUAUUCUCGUUCCAAACCAAAACUCACCUGAAUCUGCCGUUGAUCCUCUCAAUUCCCCGCUUGCAGCCCAACCUAAAAGAAGCACCAGAAUACGCCACCCACCCCAAAGAUUUCAGUACACCAAUUUGGGCCAUCCCGUCCUGA